GCCUUAAUGAAGGGCACUGGUGACAGCCGUAGCGGCAAUUACUUCCCAGUACUUCUCGUAUUCAUAACCUUUCUUUCGGCGACAGUUUUAGCAUUUGUUUUGUUCAAUGAACACACAACAGUAUUCUCUAAACACCCAGAGAUCAUACAAGCUGACAGAGAAACUGAUCAAGAAGUUAAAAAAUGUGACAUCUUCACAGGAGAGUGGGUUCUAGAUAAUGUGACUCACCCUUUAUACAAAGAAGAUGAAUGUGAGUUUCUAACAGAUUGGGUGAGAUGUUUGAGAAAUGGAAGGCAGGAUUCUCUGUACCAGAAGUGGAGAUGGCAGCCCAGAGACUGUUUUUUGCCCAAGUUUGAUGGAAAAUUACUUCUAGAUAAACUUCGAGGAAAGAAGCUUAUGUUUGUUGGAGACUCUUUGCAUUAUAACCAAUGGCAGUCUAUGGUUUGUAUGGUUCAAUCUGUUGUGCCGCCGGGGAAGAAGAGCGUCAGCUAUCCUUCAGCAUACAUUUAUCGCUUCAAGGCAGAGGACUAUAAUGCUUCUAUUGAGUUUUACUGGGCACCCUUUUUGGUUGAGUCCAAUGCAGACCCUCCAGAUAUGAGGGAUGGCAAAAGGGACUCCAUACUCAUGCCUGAAUCAAUCUCAAACCGUGGAGAUAUAUGGAAGGAUGCAGACUACCUCGUUUUCAACACUUACAUUUGGUGGAUUAAAUCUCCAACCAUGAAAGUGUUACGAGGAUCCUUCAAUGAAGGAGCCACAGAGUAUGAUGAAAUCGAUAUGUACACAGUAUAUAAUAGAACUUUGAGGACAUGGGCAAAUUGGGUUGAGGAAAAUGUUAAUCCUAAUUCCUCUGUUUUCUUCAGCAGCAUGGCUCCUCAACAUACCAGGAGUUCAGAUUGGAACAACCCGGAAGGCACCAAAUGCUCUAAGGAGACAACACCAAUUGUAAACAUGUCAAAGCCAGUUGAUGUUGGCACAGACUAUAAGCUCUUUCAGAUUGCGGCAAAUGUGACUCAAUCAAUGAAGCGGCCCGUCCAUUUCCUCAAUAUAACCACGCUCUCUGAAUACAGGAAAGAUGCACACACCUCUCUUUAUGGCUCUUCUGCUAAACACAGAUCGGAUUCUCCUGACGAAAAGAUCAAUCCGGAUUGCCUUCAUUGGUGUCUCCCUGGAUUGCCAGACACAUGGAAUGAGUUAAUCUAUGCAAAAAUCAUCUUCAGCUAUUAAACUCCUAUUGAGGAUAUUUCUUUUGGUAAUUUUUCCAGGCAUUGUAGAUUAUGCCUGCAACUACAAGUUGCCAUUGGUUGACAUCCAACAAUUGUACAUGAAUUUGUAUUGGAUCAAAUGUAAGGGAAAUAUUCUGGCAUUAGGAAUUAUAUAUAAUUCUUUCUCUUGA